AUGGAAAAAGCAUUUAUUCAAAAAAUGCUAGAAACAACUAACACAAAAUGGUCAGAAGAAAUGGAGCAUGUAUAUACAAAAGAAACCACUUCACAAGUCACUAAUAUUUCGGAGAAUGCCAAGGAAGUUUCAUCAGAGAAAACUCAAGAAAUUUCCAAAAAUGUAGAUGUCAACAAUAAUCGUUCUGAUGAAAAUCUCUCAGGUGACAAAAUAUCAGUUGACGAACAACUAUUAGAACAACAAAUAAGUAAUGAAACAAAAAUCCUCAAGGAAUCAAAAACAAAAUCAAAAAAGGAAUCACCUACUGCUUCAGCAAAUCUACCAGAUGCUGUUAAAGGUGUAAGUAAUGCUCCUAAAGAAAUAGAGGAGGGCAGCAUAAUAGAAGUCAGAGAUGACAAACCUGAAGAUCACAGAGAACCCACAGCAACUCAGCUCCCAGUUCAAGUAGAAACGCAAACAGAAUAUAAAAGUGGAGGCUCUCUUAACAAUGAUUCAACAUCCAUGUCAAAUUUACCCAAACAGGUGGGAUGUCAGACUCUAACAGAGAUAAUAGAAUCAGAUGCUCCUCCAGACCCGAAAGGUGAAUUUAUCGAGUUACCAACAUCUAUGCACCUCCAAAUUAGUGUUCCUAAUGAACCUAGGUUCAAAGUUCAUGAACAUGUUCAAA